CUGCGGUGUGUGCGCGAGACUCCGGAGCUGAGCGCGCGCGGGGUUUUUUGGUUUUUUAAUUUGUUCUAAAUCAGAGAAAAACGGAAACCGGAGAGAAGCUGUUUGUGUUUGGUGUUGAUCAGAGAGAAGCUCCGUGACAAAUCCACGGGAGGAAUCCACGGGAGGAAUCCACGGGACUACAGCAGGUGUGACAGCCGCGGGAAACUUGGAGAGGAGGACAGAGGUGGAGGAGCCUCGCCAUGAAACAUGAGUAACGACAGUAACGGAACCGGAGGGCUGCAGCCCCUCUGGAACUUCACUGGGUCGCUGGUCAACCAAUCAGCUGAUGUGUUCUCGAACACCUCGUGCAACAUCUCCACCAAUGAUUCCACUUCCUGCUCUGCCAUCGACAAUGGAGAGGGAUCAGGAAGUCCUUAUAAAGCUCUGGAGAUGUUCUUCAUCGCCUUGGUUACGGGAUCGCUGAGCUUUGUGACUGUUACAGGGAAUAUCUUAGUCAUGCUGUCCAUCAAAGUGAACCGCCACCUCCAGACUGUCAAUAACUACUUCCUUUUUUCGUUGGCGUGUGCUGACCUGAUCAUCGGUGUGUUCAGCAUGAAUCUGUACACCGUCUACAUCAUCGUUGGCUACUGGCCGCUGGGGCCGGUGGUCUGCGACUUGUGGCUAGCGUUGGAUUACGUCGUCUCAAACGCCUCGGUGAUGAAUUUACUGAUCAUCAGCUUCGAUCGCUAUUUCUGCGUGACCAAACCGCUCACGUAUCCAACCAGGAGGACCACCAAGAUGGCGGGGUUGAUGAUCGCAGCGGCGUGGAUCCUGUCCUUCAUCCUGUGGGCUCCGGCCAUCCUGUUCUGGCAGUUCAUCGUUGGGCAGCGAACGGUUCCACCUGGAGAGUGUUAUAUCCAGUUCCUUUCCAACCCUGCGGUGACUUUCGGGACGGCCAUUGCAGCGUUCUACCUUCCCGUCAUCAUCAUGACCGUUCUCUACAUCCACAUUUCCCUGGCCUCCAGGAGCAGAGUUUCCAAACACAAACCCGAGAAGAAAGAGAAGAAGGGGAUAAAAACUCCCAGCUUAAUGAAGAGCCACCUGUUAAAGCAGAACAACAAUAAUGAAACCAGUCCUCAGGCCAGUCCUCGCUCUACUCCUAAACUCAGCCUGGACUCCACCACCACGGCGCUAGAGGCCGUGAAGAACGGCCGAGUGGAAGAACCCAAAGCUGCUCAGCCUCAGCCUCUGGCUCAGCCCAGUCCAGGACCCACACAGGAGGAGAAAGAGAGCUCCAACGACUCGUCUACAGCUUUUAUUCCGCCCACAGAGCCGAAGGACACCACCAAUAAUGAGGUGACAGUGGAGGCUGCAACAAACUCCAACCCAGUUGCCAUGACGGCCGCCAGCGCUGCCAUGGCCAAGAUGAACGCCGGCUCCAGGUGGUCCAAGAUAAAGAUCGUAACCAAGCAGGCUGGGGACGAAUGCAUCACCGCUAUAGAGAUCGUUCCGCCUGUAGAGGGCGCCGAGAGGCACUCCAUCCCCAUCAGCCGUCCCAGGACUGUGGCCAGGAAGUUCGCAAGCAUCGCAAGGAGUCAAGUGAAGAGGAAAAGACAGAUGGCUGCCAGAGAAAAGAAAGUAACUAAGACCAUCUUCGCCAUCCUGCUGGCCUUCAUCAUCACGUGGACGCCCUACAACGUCAUGGUGUUGAUCUCCACCUUCUGCCAGUCCUGCGUCCCCGACACGGUGUGGGCCAUUGGAUACUGGCUCUGCUACGUCAACUCCACCAUCAACCCGGCCUGCUAUGCACUGUGCAACGCCACCUUCAAAAAGACCUUCAAGAACCUGCUGCUGUGCCAGUACAAGAACAUUGGUACGAGAUGAGAUGGAUGCAGGAGACUGAGGGUGGGAUGGAGGGGAAGGGGUGGACCACGUCCAGAACGAGGGAGGAGGUGAGUGAAAGAAGGAGCUGGAGGAGAUAAAGGGUGCCUUUAGGAGACCAGAACCUGGAGGAGCAGUAUGGUUUAUUCUACUAAAGAUGCCAGUCGUCCCUAUUAUACCGACUCACUGAAAAACCUGCCCAGCUUCAUAGAAAAUGGAACAAAUUACACAGAGAGAGGAAAUCUGGUUUGAUGAACAGAUUAAUGACAGCUGCAGGACUCAUGAUCAGUUAGAACCAAUACUGAGGAAGAACAUUCACCUCUUCUAUCAUGUAUUAAACACAGUUAAACCAGGAGCUGGACGGAUGCGAUCAUACCAUCAGAGUUGAUCUGAACCUCCAUCCUGAAUCCCUGGCCUAUGAUUGGCUGCUGGCUGUGAUGAGACAACGCUCAGAUUGAUUCACACUGAGCAGCUUCACAUUCAGAAGACAUCAGGACUGUCAGGAUGAGAUGAAGGAGGAGACUUAGAACCUCUGGGAGAAUGAGAGAGGAGAUACUGAGGAAGGUAGAAGGAGCGAAACAGGAGGACUAGCUGGUGGAGGUCAGUAGAAGGACAUCUUAGAGGAGACGGGGUUGGAGGUCAGUAGAAGGACAUCUUAGAGGAGACGGAGUUGGAGACCAGGGAUUCCUAAACCUGCUUCACCUGAGAUGGAACUUCCUUCUAUCAGAUGUUUCCAGUGAAAACUACAUGAGUAGCUUCAUCCAUUACUGCUGUGUGUCACCAUCAUGGUAGACGUAACCAUGGUUACUGUCUUAGUCAGAGAGAACCUCGUUAACAAACCUCCACUAGUUCUCCUGAAUCUGUCAUCUCCAGUUAUAAAAGCUGCAGCUCAGAUGGACUGAUGAACUCAGAGGGACAAAUCACUGGUUAGAAGGUCUAAGUAGCUCUAACUCUGAGGCAGAUGGACUGAUGGAUGGUGAUGUGUUGGAGGUCAGAGACGGAUGGACUGAGGGACGGUGGACUGAGGGAUGGACUGGUGGACUGAGGGACGGAUUGACUGAGGGGCGGGAGACUGAGGGAUGGAUUGACUGAGGGACAGUAGACUGAGGGACAGAUGGACGGUGAUGUUGGAGGUCAGAGACGGAUGGACUGAGGGACGGAUGGACUGAGGGACAGAUGGACGGUGAUGUUGGAGGUCAGAGACGGUAGAAGCAGUGAAAGCAGCAGAAGAUUUUCAGUAGACCACCUGUAGUCACAGCUGCUGAAGGACUUUAAACAGGAAAUAAUCUGAACUCUUCUGAACGUUCAGCUCUCCAACACCUCAGCAGCAGUUUGGAGGAUUUUUCUAAAUAAUGAACACGUGUUCAGGUGAUUUUAGUUUAUUAACCAGGAAAUAAUAAUUAGAAAUGUCAGGAAUCAGCUUUCAGUGCUGCUGGUUUGUCUUCAUGUCAGAACAAAAGACGGAGGUAGAAGCAGUUUUAGUUUGGUAGUUUUUUUAGUUUAGUGUCGACAUGUUGAUCCUCUGAACCACGAAACCCUCCAGCAGGUUUCCAGAACCAAAUCUAAGCUGAAAGUUGAGAUAUUUCAUCGCUUUAUUCUACAUGUUCCAUGAAAAUGUGCCAAAAAUAAAUCUGAUCACAUUCUGGCAAAAGUAAAUUUUAAAAAAGAGUCACAUGACAAGAAUUCAUGGACUUUUAGGAUGAACUGCAGGCAGUGUUUAAUGCAGAUAAAUAUGGAAAUGAAUCAGCAUUAAUGUACUGAUGCACCAUGGUUCAAUCACAGUAAGAUAUUAGGAGAUACGGUCUGCAUGGUGAAACGGGUUGUAAAAAAGCAAAUAGUUUAAUAUCUGUAGCCUGUAUAACCUCCAGUUAUCCACCUGUGGGCACGCUCCAAGUUUAUUUUACUUUUAUGUAAAAUAAUCAAAGAAAUUCAACAUAUUUUUUAUUGUUGAAUGAUUUAUGACAUUCUAAAGUUGUUCUACUGCACAGAAGACAUUUCUCCUUCCAGCCAUGGUUGGUUUUUGUUAAUUAUUCCUGAGAUGAAGGACUUAAUAUUAAAAAUGAGAAAAAAUGUUUGAGAAGCUGCUGGAGAUUCAGUGUGAAGAUCUGAUUUAGUCCAGCUGGACAUUUAGUGUUUGACAUUUAAUAAACCAAAUUUAGAGUAAUGUAGCUGCUAGUUUAGGACAAAAAUAAGCAGACUAAUCUUAAAAAUCCACAGAAACAUCAUCUUUAUGCUAUUCCUGCAUGUUUAGUGACAGUAAGUGUUGAACUCCUGAAGAGAUUUUCAGUCUUUUAUUGUGAAAAAUGGAAGAAAAACAGGAGCAGAGUUGCAGUUCACUUAUCUUGUCCUAAAUAUUGGAUCUGUGAGGAACUCUGCUGUUCUUUCCCAUUAAGUGUCAUACUGAGCAGUAUUAUUAAAUAUUUUAGAUCUUUAGAGGAACUGAAAUCAAUGAGUUUCUCUUCAAAUGAAUUCCUGAUAAUCGUCGGUUCAUCCACCUCAGCUCUGAGCCAGGAUUUGUAUUUUGCUGCUGAAACAAGCAACAGUGAAACCGUCCACGUUGUUCAGAAUUAACUCUUUAGAUCACACCUGUUUAACGCAGAUUAAACACCACGUAUGUUCAGGAGGCAGCAAAUGGAGAGGAAGCAAACAAAGACGAGAGGAAAAUGGAGGACAGGUAGAGAGAGGAAAGCGAAAACAUCUGGAGAGAGGCAGAGACGAGGAGGGAAUUAGGGAAACGAUGAUGAGCUGCUGGAAGAAAAGUAGGACACGAUGGGAGGAGAACAGAGGAAGAACAGGAAUCCCUCAUUUAGUCCUAAAGCUCAGGCUGGAAAUGGAGGAAGAAUGACAAAGACAGGCUAAAAGCUCAUCUAAAAUCAGGAUAUCAGAAUAAAAGCCUGUCCUUCAGCAGAAAGGCUUCUUUAGCUGUUAUUAGCUCUUCAUUUAGCUGCUCUCUUUCAGAUCUGUCUCUGGUGACUAAUAAUGGAAUCUGUUUGUUAUCCGGUCAUUUCUAUUAACCAUGAAGGGAUCUCAGGUCAGAGCUCUGGGUCUUCUGAGGACGCUGGCAUUAUUCACACCCAGCAGGGAUUUAUUCUGGGCCACUUCUAGAUACAGUCGUCCAAUCUCAGCAGUGAAAUGUCUGCUAGUCAGCCAAAGAGCUGGAAAUCCUGGCGGCUCAGCAGGACUUUCCUCGGUUUCCGGCUACUUAGAACGUGACGUCUGAGCCUAGCAGAGCUCAGGAACCUGUCAGGACUUCGCCAAGCAUCUGUAGCUCUCACUGAAGAGGAAAAAAAGGAGAUGAUGUCUUGUUCAUCCAUUCUGGGACUAAGGAGUGAUGAAAACGAGUUUUAUCAAACCUCUAACUCCUGAGUGUUUGGAGGUAGCAGUGGACAGAUGUGGUCCAGCUGUGGUCGUCCUCUUUAUUCAUCCACACAAAACAUGUUGGAGGCCACUGUCAAAAUGUUUAUCUAUUAAAUCAGACUACACAAGGUCUUCUGGGUAUUUUCACGUGGACUGAAAUUAGUUUUCCCAGUUUAGUUGGUUUAGUUCUUGAGACUGACUGAAGGCUGAUCUGGAGUCAGUCAGCUGUUGGACUUUUUAGGGGUUUAUUGUUGGUUUUCGAGAGGAACCGUCUUUAUCUUUGGUCCAUUUCACCACUUAGAUGUUAUUGGCACAUAUCAAGCUCAUACAUGAGGGUCUGUCAGCAGGUUCUUCACCUCGUCAUGGACUCAGUAGACCACAAUUUUUCAUUUACAAAGUUCUAUUCUGAAUUCCUGAGAGGAGGAGGUCAGAUCUUGUUUUCAUUUGCUGCUUUUCAUUUGUGUUUGGAGCAGUUUAGGUUUAGAAACUUCUUGGUUAGGUUUAGAAAAGGACCAUAGUUUGGGUUAAAAUAGACCCUUUCACUAUGUUCCAUACAAUCUUUCUGGGUAUCGUGCUGUUUAUGAUCAGAAUGGAUGAUAAUACAUCUACUGGUUCCACUAGAAGGUGGAGGAGGCACCUACUGACCCAUACGUCUGGGAAUGUUCAGUUCAGGCCAGCUUCAGCCGAUGCCAACGAUGCUUUUAGUGGUGAUAAAUGGCUUUAGAUGAAGCGAAGUCUUUCCAGAAGGUUUGUGAAUAAAACUCCAGAAAACAAAAUGUUAAACCUUCACAUUGGAGUUGACCAUCCGGAUGAUCCCUGGAUGGACUCUGUAGUUCCUUUGGUCUUUCUUCAGCCUCUUAGGGUUUUGAUUUGUCUCUUCUUGUUUGGUGUCAAUCCUGAUUUCACAACUGGUAAAAAUGUCUUCAGCGUGUCUUGGUUUGGAAAGUAAAGUAGUCUCAUCUCUGAAAAUAAGUUUUUAAACACUACACAGAAUGGUUUCAGUCUUUAAAGUCUGCUGACUAAAUGGAUCAACCUGUCAUGAGAAGUACUGUCCUUAAUGAUAGCAUGCUACUAGCAUUGUGUUACUAGCUAGACUUCACUAGAACCCAGAACAGUUUGAAUUCAGCUAAAUGACCUCCUGUAGUGGAACCAAGCCCGGCUCUGAUCAGGACCGCAAGUUUUUUCCCUACAGACGAUGUUCAGUGACUUUAAUAAGAGAUUGUUGUUCUCAGUGAGGUAUUUUUCCUGGUUGAGUCGCCAGUAACAGCCUGUGAACUGAAGCAGAGGAGUUAACUAGAACUCCAUCCAGUCACUUAAAGAGUCUGUUGUUGAGGAAACGGAUGCUGCAGUGUGCAGCUGAAAUCACUUUAGGUUAGAGUCUGGGUCAGUUUUGACCAUAAUAAUAAUAAUAAUAAUAAUAAUAAUAAUAAUAAUAAUAAUAAUAAUAAUAAUAAUAAUAAUAAUAAUAAUAAUAAUUAUUAUUAUUAUUAUUAUUAUUAUUAUUAUUAUUAUUAUUAUUAUUAUCCUCCAUCCAUCCAUCCAUUAUCUAUACACCGCUUAAUCCUCACUAGGGUCGCAGGGGGGGGGGGCUGGAGUCUAUCCCAGCUAACUCAGGCGAAGGCAAGGGACACCCUAGACAGGUCGCCAGUCUGUCGCAGGGCUACAUACAAAGACGAACAAGCACUCUCACAUUCACACCUACGGGCAAUUUAGAAUGAUCAAUUAACCUCAGCAUAUUUUUGGACUGUGGGAGGAAGCCGGAGUACCCGGAGAAAACCCACGCAUGCACAGGGAGAACAUGCAAACUCCAUGCAGAAAGAUCCCGGGAAAGCUGGGACGCGAACCAGGGAUCUUCUUGCUGCAAGGCGAAAGUGCUAACCACUACGCCACUGUGCAGCCCUAUUAAUAUUAUUAUUAUUAUUAUUAUUAUUGUGUACAACAUAGAGGAAUGUAAUUGUUCAUGCCCCGUGUUUCUUUGUUUAGUUGGGUGUAGAGGAAUUUUAAAGAUGAAAAUAAAGGAAUUGGGAGAGAAUCUCUCUGAAAAGCAGCUUGAUAGUAGAAAGAGGCCACCAGAGGACACAGAAGUCAGAUUAAAGUCGUGAUUUUCUGUAGAAUGAUGCGUUUUUAAGUGAUGAAGACGACAGAACCAAGAGGAGUUGUCAUCUUUUACAGAAUUAUGGAGGAGAAAACCUUCUAGCAGAUGUUUUACAGGAAAAAAAAAACGAGUAAGAUUUAGUUAUAAAAAUGAUGUUUUGAUCAACACCACUGUUCAACAGUCUGGACUCACUUAGAAAUGUCCUUAUUUUAGAAAGAAAAGCAGUUUUUUCAAUGAAGAUAGCAUUAAAUGAAUGAUAAAUCCAGUGUAGACAUUGUUAAUGUGGUAAAUGACUAUUGUAGCUGGAAAUGUUUAAUGGAAUAUCUCCAUAGGGGUACAGAGGAACAUUUCCAGCAACCAUCACUCCUGUGUUCUAAUGCUACAUUGUGUUAGCUAAUGGUGUUGAAAGGCUCAUUGAUGAUUAGAAAACCCUUGUAGGUAGGGUAGAGAUAAUCACAAAGCACACUGGGUUUUUGUGGUUUGUUCCAGAACAUUACAGUCUUUCCUGUUCCUCCACUUUAUAUUGUCAGUCCAAACGUACGAUGGUGUUUAGUGGCUCAGAUAAAUACCUCAUACUGGGAUGUCUUUGUUUGCCACCUGUUAUUUUUCUGUUAUCUGCUGUAGGUUUAGGUUACCUUUAUCCUCGUCUUAUUGCCAUUUUAUGACUGAUCUAGAACGGAGCUGUUUGACUGCAGGAACAGGAGAAGUUAAUUCCAGAGAGAUAUUAUCAAAUUCCUUUUUAAAAACUGCAUUCGUUAUUCUCAGAGAGACGUUGGAGACUCUGCAGGAAGAUUUCAAAAGCUUCUGCUAAUUUAUUCCGGUCUCUCCUGCAGUAUCUCUUUAUUUAGUCGGAUUCUUCAUGCUCUCUACAGCCUCAUCUCAUCUUCACUCUGGAUAUCUUUUUCUGUUUUCCUGAUGUGGGACCUCGUUAUGGAGCGAUUUAGAGCAAAAUGCAACAGAUUGCAGUGAUUUUAUAUCCUUUAAAUUCGAUGGCAGAUUAUCAGUAUUAUCCUGAAACAUGAUUUUAAAAGUACAGGUCAUCUGCAUAUGUAAUGAUGAUAAAUACGAGCUCUGAAGUCAUGGAGACUCUUAUAAAGAUAGAUAUUAGCUGAAUGCCGCCUGAUUUACAGUUUUCAAAAUCCUGGUUCUAAUAAAUUCAUGCUACAUUUGGACCCUAAAGUCCCUCUUUUUAUUGGGCACCAGAUUCUCUUGUUGUUCCUCCAGUUUACCUUUUGUGUUUCCAUAAAUGCCUCCUCAUAUUUAAAUCUCCUGUACCUCUGUGUGACCCUGUACAUCCACUCCCAUUCAAUAAGCUGAACAAUAGAACCAAAGGGAGGUUUUCUUCCUCCGAUCACCGGAUGCUUUUUACUCGUACUUCACGUGUGCUUAUUCCAUUUAUUUAAUGGUAAAAUCUGUAGUUUGAGGCUGUUGUUUGCAGUAAGAAUAAAGCUGGCAUUGACAUUAGAACUCGGCUGCUCCGGAAUAUUUAAAGAGUCUGAUGGAUACACAGUGGGAGGAAGAGAAGGCGGUAAAAGAUGUGAUUGUUGUUUGUUAUUCAGGAACAGCACAAGGUGAUUGGCAGCAGGGAUCGCUGGUUGGUUAGCUGACACUCUCAAUUAAUGAGAUGUGGAGAAUAAAUGGAUGACGGCAGAGUUUAGGGAGAUUGAACUGACUGGCUGACUGAAAGAAUGAAAGCUUCUCUGCAGGAUAUUCAUGAAAAUGUCCGACCGCCUUAUUAAACUAAAAUCACAAAAACACAGGAAAGUUACCAAACAUUUACCAAACUCAUCCACAUCUUCUGCCCAGAUGAUUUCCUCAAUCGGAUGUUCAACACAUUUCAAGAGUUUUUAGGAAAGAGUCUCUUCAAACUAAAAGCUCCUCAUCACAGCUGUUUUUAAUCAGACAUACCUAGAAGCUAGAUAACAUUUUCCAAAAAUGAUUGAUUUGCUAAUGCUGUAGUUGGACAUGUCCAGGAUGAGAUGAUUGAAACCAUCAUCAGGGUUAAAAGAAGACACACUGAGUAACAGCUGGAACUUCAUAGAUUCAGGUUUUUCUUCUGAGGGUUAAAGAUCCAGACAUCUUUUAUUCUCUCUGCUCUGAUCUCCUGUCAGCUCUUUGUUGUGUCUGUCUGUGAGGUCUGAAGCUGAACUCUAAAUUACUCUAAUUAAGUUUAACAUUUUAUGCCUUUAUGGAGCUCUUCUCCUGAGAGGACCGGCCAGAGAACAGGGAGGUCAUGAAGACGGAUCAGAGGAAGUCUUUGAGGCCAACAGUCGGUCUAACAGGACUCUGGUUUCCUCAACUUCUGUCACAACUGAACAAAUUGCCUCCCUCUUCAGCAGAGCACUCUCCAGCUCUGUAUUGAUUCUGGUUUUCAUCAGGCUGGUUGUCCACUGCAACAGCUUCCAGGCUGGUUUUGGGUGGUCUGAACCUUUAUGUGUUCUUACUGCAAGAACGUCCAAUAGAACCUCCUUCUGGGAGGUUUUAGAGGAGAAAAAGUUCUGUAUGCCAGAGCAGGCCUGAAGAACUGCAGUGAAGGAUUUUAGAGGCUCUAAACCUGUAAUAAAACAGGGAGACUACAGCUGUGUGGCAACUAAAAUUGAUUUAUUUUAACUAGAACAACCCAAACUGUCCUUAAAGUCCCAAACAGAAGCCAGAAAGCAGCUCCUGUCAGAGAGCUGGGAUGGAAAAUGAGGGAGGUUUUAUCAGCGGAGCCUCUGGAUCCCAGGUGUGGAUCAAUCAGCUGAUGACCCUCCCUCAGCUCUGGAGAAGAUCUGGAGUCCAGGUGGAGGGUCGUCACACACCUGAUAUGAGUUAGCAUGCUAACCUGCUAACAAUAAACCACUGUACUGAGCUGACAGUGGAGCUGAAACACAGUUAAUUCUAGUUAAAACUGUUCACAGUGACCCUUCCUCAGCUCUGGAAAAGUAAAGACCAGACAGAGACAGCUGGAGUCCAGGUGGAGGGUCGUCACUAAGGGCUCCAGCUGAUUGGUUCAACUCUGACUUCUUUGGAUUCUUCUCUCUAAUAUCUCCAUCUUUAACAUUAAAUUCAACAUAAAGGUUUCAUCCAGAUGUGAGAUCUUUCUCCACCAUAGAAUCAGAAAGACUGAAAGGGUAGAUUAGUCAUUCCUGCUAGUGUUCCUGCAGUAGAAAGCCACCUAUUAUCCACUUCUACUGGGACGUCCAGCUCACUGUAGAGCUGGAAAUUGAGAUCACUACUUUCUGAGAGUUCAGUUUCCACUGCACCAAGCUCUGGAGAUAUUCUACUAUCAGACUGUACCAGAUAAACCAGCAUCACUUCACCUUUAUACUGGAUUUUAACAAACAGCACAAACAUUUAAGUUUGGCUUCUUUGGUUAGUCGUCCCAAGACGCUAAAUGUGGGUUUAAAUCCAUCCAAAUUAGCUUUAAAAAUACAAUUAUCUCUUAACAUUACAACAAAAACUCAAGUAUUGGAGUUUUACUUUCAUGAAAACACUCUUUGAAACCAACCUUGUCCCCCAGAAAUGAGGUUCCCCAUAGAACUAGCUGGAUUCUUACCAUGUGGAAACAGAGGUCAUUCCUCUCUAUAAACUAAGAAUCCGAUUGAGGCCAAAACUUUCUGCAUCUGUGAAAACAAGAGUGUCCACUAAGGUCUGCAAUAAUAUAGAGUAUAGUCUCAAGCAAGCAUAAGUUAUGGCAACUGGACUAACCUCGUGUGAGUCGAAAACGUUUCACCUCUCAUCCAAGAGGCUUCUUCAGUUCUGAAAGCCUGGUGGGGAGUACCAGAUAUAUAGUAUAAUCCAUGCUUUAGGAGGCUUAUGGGACCAGUAUUCCUAAACCUUCCUGUUCAGUUGGAGGACUUUGUUGAAUAAAUGUGGAGGUCGUAUCUACAUAAUCAGUGCACAUUCAUUCUGCCAAACAUGCACUGCUUUGAUUUGUCGUGUUGCCUGCAGACACAGAUUUUAACCUCUAGGUGCAGAUUUUCCACCUGGACUGUCACAGAGUUAGGGAGAUCAUGAAAUGUACGUCAACCUGACCCUCGCUAAGCACAGUAGCUUCUCAUUGUGUUGUUAGAUUUAGGGACUGAAAGACGUGGGAUUAUCUGGGAAAAUAUCCCAAUUUGGUUGACACCUUCACCACCAUUACUACAAAUUAGAAGCUUAGUUAAGUUCAGGCAUAAAAACUGCUUUAGUAUGGGUUAAAAUACAACCUUCUGACAACAUGUAUGAAGCUCGAAUUCAUAUAUUAUUGGUUCUCUGAAACACAAUAAAAUAAACUGCAGAGAUUCGCUGAUUUGUCACAAACACGAUCUGGCAGAAAUUGCUUGCCUCAAAGCAUAAUUGAGAAAACAGUUGAGUUGUAGAAGAAUGUAAUUUCUGAAAGCUGCAAACGUUCAUGUAUUCAUAAUAUUUCAUCUACUGCUGUCUGAGUUGAUGACCUGCAGCUUCUAGGAAGGAAACGAAUGAGUUCUUGCCUUAAACUGCUUUAACCCUUUAGACCAGGGGUGGGCAAUUAAUUUUCAUACGGGGCCACAUGAGAAACUUUGACGAUUGUUAAGGGCCGGACCAGUACAGUUAAAAGCUCUGCUCAAUAUAUAUCUCAAUAAAAACAGUAAAUGAAUUAAUACAAUGAUAUAAUGAAAAUGUGGAACACAGAACACAACUAUUUAAUGAAAGAUUUUGUUUUUUCAUUCAAACUAUGACUGCUGCCUAUUGAGUUGUAGAUAUUUAUCAUAAAGACAUACUUAAAAUGUGAAACUGAUUUUCCAAGUGCUUCAAUUACUUUUCAGCAGUCACUGUUUUUACAAAGUAAGUAAGCCAUCACUCAGAAUUUAUUCUACAACAAUAUGACCAUCAGCUAGCAGAGAUUUGAAACUUGCCUUAUCAUGUCAGUUUUUGUUCAUCAUGAACGCUAUGAGGUGUUGUCAGUUUUUCUAAAUCUACAUUAAGAUGACUGUGAAGCAUAAAGAAAGACAACAGCUCCCCACUACACUUACAGCAAUGUUCAAUAUAUCUCAAUAAAACAGUAAAUUACACAAUACAAUGAUGUACAAUGUCCAACUCUUGAAUCUCUGCUCUCAGAUCCCAAACUCGUUUAAGCAUCUUGUCCAGGCUGAGCCAUCUGACAGCUGUCUGGUAACCAAGGUCACCAUGUUCACUAUCAUCUUCUCCACAAAGACAACAAACUGUCUGUAAUUCAAUGCUCUUGCCCUGAUGAAGUUAACUACUUUAGCUAUAACAUCAGUCACGUGGUUGAUUUUUAGCACUGACUUACACACCACCUCCUUAUGUAUGUAACAAUGCAAAAAUAUCAGUUUCUGUUCUGGGUUUAUUUCAGUCACUUUAUCUUGCAUCCGUUUCAAAAGUCCAAUAUUUUUCCCUGUCAAAUUUGGACAGCCAUCAGUUGUAACACCAACCAAACUCUCCCAUUUUAGUCCCAGCUUGUUCAUGCGUGUAUUUACCUCAGUGAACAAAUCACUCACUGUCGUGGUUCUUUUCGUUGGCUGCACAGCUGACAGCUCCUCCGUCAUCUCAAAGGUUUUUUGUUAGUCCAUGUACAAAGAUGAGUAACUGGGCUGUGUCACAGACAUCACAGCUCUCGUCCAGAGCCAAGGACAAAACGUCAAAAUUGUCCACUUUGUUGUGCAGCUGAAGCUCCAGAUUUUCGGCGAUGCUCUCCGCCCGCCUCGUUACGGUUCGCCUCCUAAGGGGCACAUUAACGAACGCUCCUUUCUUCUCCGGGCAUAUAAACGCUGCAGAGUCCACCAGACAUUCUUUUAUAAAUUCUCCAUCAGAGAAUGGUUUACUGUUUUUGGCGAUUUUGUAGGAUAUUAGAAAACUCGUCUUGACUGCUGCAUCCUUUGAUGUGAGCUUUGGUAAAACAAAGUCAUUGCUGCUUUAGCAGUUUAGCUAGCAAACCUUUAGACAUCCUCCCUGCUCUGCUUCAGUCAAAUGUUUGUACUUCUCCGCCAUGUUUGGUCUCGUAAUGUCGAUUCAGAUUAUAAUCCUUGAGCACCGCGAUCUGUUCUCCACAAACCAGCCCACAGCUUUACCUCUGACUUCAGUGAAGAAAUACUUGGAAGUCCAUGCUUUGUUAAAAACUCUGCAUUGGGAAUCAAUCUUUCUUUUUUUGCCGUUAGCUGACAUCUUCCCGGGCUGAAGCUAACCAACAAAACCAAUCAGCGCAUAAACCUUAUGCUAAGUACGGAAAGCACGCACGAAAAAACGUUAACUUAGCGGACCUUUCAAAAUAAAAGCAGUGCAGGCGUAUUGCUUGCAUGUAUUGCGAUGAUAUAUAUUUGCAUUGAGUUUUAAUAUUUUCCAGUGACCUCAUACGGGCCAGUAGGGUCAUCCGGCGGCCGGAUGUGGCCCGCGGGCCGUAGUAUGCCCAGGUCUGCUUUAGACCCACAUGUGUGUAACUGAGUAUAUUUAACACAUCCUCCUGACUUUCUCAAGAACGUGGAGCUCAGUAAUAAAUCGCUGCAGGAUGGAGGUGAUGAUCGAAGCUCUAGUGUAGAGUAAACAUCUCCUCUCUCCUCCAUCGUGGGUAGAAACACCUGAAGGAAAGGUCAGGGUUCUGAAGAUGCUGCUGUCAAAUACGACAGCUCGUAUCAGAAAGUCUCCUCCAACACCAUGCCAGUGUUUCAGAAAAUAACAUCAGUGGGUAGAAAAAGCUGCUUCCUGUUACAGCCAGUGGCCAAAAUACAUCAGAGGAUCAGGAGGUUCUACAGACUCUACCUGGUUAGUUAAAUCCUGAAGAGUUCAGUCUGGUGAUAGGUGACGACUGGUUCCAUCUCCUGAUCAGAAAGGAUUCCCUCGAUGAAGAAAACUGUGCCAUGAUGGUUGAAAAUCAUCACGUUUUCUGCUUUAGAUUUCAGGACCAACCCUGUAGGACUAACAGGCUGAAGACCAAACUUCUCCUUCAGUUUGGUAGUUGGCUCUUAAACACUGUCUAGACCUUACUGAAGAUCUAUAAUCCUCCAUGUAAAGUAUCAUAUAAAGGUAGAACCAACCACUAGAUGAAACCACCACCAUUGCUGUAAAUACACAACCAGUACUUCUGAAUAUUUGAGCUUCACAUCACAUUCUGACUCAUUCCAAAGACAGGAGACAUGGUCCUUGUGUUUUUUUCAGAGUAUAUAAACUAUAUUUACCUCUCUGUGUACAGAGCAUGUACUUUAUAGUGAGCUAAACGCAUUGUGAACUCUAGUCCUAUUUUUUUUGUUGAAAUAUUGCUAAUAAAAGUUCAACUCAGUGACAGCACUAAUUUCCACCACGAUGAUGAAGAGAAACUUCAUUUUUUCAGUGUCAAUGAUUCCAUCCUGCAUUAAGAUGAUCUGUUGAGAGCUGGAGAUGUAAAUAAACACCAAACUAAAGGAGACUAAUUAUCCUUUAUGGUGGUAACCAUCUGUACAUGUUCUGUAAAUGCUUUCAAUUUAUUCUGUUACUCAGCCAGAACUGGGUUCUAAACACGAGAUGCUAUCAGAGAGAAUUUUUAAAGGGUAAAUCAACAUGGAAUUCAGCAGGUUUUUUUAGCUUUAGUUAUGUACAACAAAGACCUUUUUUAAGGACGGGACACUCUAAAAGCUAACACAACUGCUUGCAUCAAACGUUUUGACUACUAAUGAAAUCCACCAACAAACUAGAUUAAGUUAGAGGAAGUAGCUUUUCCUCUUCUAUCCAUGAUGUUUUUAAUUAGUAGUCUUGUCCUUCUGAAACUGUCCAGGUAUGUUGAGAUAGAAGCCAAAAAGCUUCUUGGAUGCUUUUUAAUUAUAGAGGAGAACAAGGCAGGAACUAGAACACGAGUUAUUUCUAAAUCUUCAAAAUAAAAGCACUCCAGUAAUCUAACAGUAGUGUACUAUGUAGAAGUAAAACAGCACUUUUCUGCCCUCUAUAACCAAUGGUUGAGUUAUCUCAACUUGAAUGUAGUUUUACUUCAACUAAUGCAUAAAUUUGAGUUUCAUUUCUAUGCAAUAUUAAUUAUCAGCAUCAUUCAGUUCACCUAACCCGUCAGAAUCUUUUAAAGUUUGAUCUAAACCUGUGAAUCUGAUUUUGUUCCAUUGCUACCAUGCUUUUACAUAAGCAGUGGGACUAGGUAACUUAGCUACUAUUUAGAGUCACAGAAAAACAGGCCUUUUCCCUUUUCUACCAGAACUUAGCAGCACAGGUUCUGCUUCUGUUUCCAUCUGGGGUCAGCCUAAAAGUGGGACUGCUCAAGAGGAGAGCAUCAUUUUAUUUCCCACCGGUGUUUUCAUGUAACCAUGAAUCACGGGAUGUUUUCGGCAGCAAGCAAUUUUUCCGCUGAGUAGUCAGGAAGUGCGACCAAACAGACCAUGUUUUAUUCUCCCCCAAAGAAAAGCUGAGGAAUGACUGAGCUGCAUCCAGCCGUCGAUUCUUUCUGGAUUCUUCAGUGUCACCUCAGAGUCUGUUUCCAGCAGAGAGCAGACGGACCGUCGGCAGGUUUAUCUCCGUUCCUUCAGUCUGAAUCUGAUAUUUAAAUUUUGUCAUAUGUAAAUUUAAAAAGCACAAUUUUCUCCUUCACUACUACCACUUUAGAUGCUCUGUAAAUCAUAGAGGAGAACAAGGCAGAACACAAGUUAUCUCUAAAUCUGUAGAAGACCUUCAAAAUAGAAGCACUCCAGCAAUCUAACAGUUUCCUCCCACCUGGACUCUGUAGUCAAACAUCAUUUAUCUGUCCUCUACAAACGAUGGUUGAUUUACACUUUAAAACCCUGAGUCGGCUCCUUGGUUUAUUUGGUUUCUAGCGGUGGCUUUUGAGAAAAAUCCCUCUGGUGAUGUUUUGUCUGUAUGAUGCUUUAUGGCUGUUUGUUCUUUCUCUUGCUACUUUUUUUUUAAUGUCAAACACUAUUUGCAUAGAAACACCGUUUUCAGAGCAACAUAAGAGUACCGCCUGGCACAAAUACACGGCUGGUGUUACUUUCUAAAUGAAAUGUACUAAAGAUAUAUCAGAAACAACUUGUAUUGAUACAAAACUGUAAUGCAAAUAAACACUUGGUGGUAAAAAAUGA